GCACUUCAAACACUGUCACUACUUCUGCCUUUUCAGUGUAGAGAGCCCCACAAAUAGCAGGUAUACAGUGGAGAGGAGAGCAACAGUCAGUCACUCAGCCGCAAGCCCUGGGUAAAACUCUUGGUGUGGAGAUGGAGACAAAUGUCAUGCAAGACAGACCUGAGAGGAAUCAUUAUAGCGAUGGCAUGAAGACAUUGCUGAAUGGCAGACCCUGCCUGCAGCCUCUGCCUCUUUUCCUCAAGCCCCCAAGAUUCCCUCCACUUGGGGACAGCCUCAACAGGGGAUUCCCAGGUUUUGGGGCCCAACACUUCAUGGGGUUCGAGAGAUUCCACGGUGGCUUGGAAGAAGGAUCUCGGAAACGCAAAAGGACACCUUUCAAAGCGAAUCCCCAAGAACUGGAAUCCACCGACGAAGUGACAGAGGAAAUUGGCGCUAAGACAGUGGACCGGCCUCACCUGUCAUAUCAUCUCCCUCAGCACGUUCCAGCUCCCUUCCCUAGAUACAGUCCCCAGAUGAUAGACCUAAAUAGGUUUCAGCUCUAUAGAUCACUGGAGCGAUUUGAUGGCAUGCAGAUAAAGCAGGAACCGGUCAAACCUGAGGGAAUAUGGCCUCCUGGUCCUCUCCUGAUGCACCCUUCGCCUUCUUAUUUCCCUAAAAUCCACCCAGGGAUAAUCCCCUUUCCUUUCCUCAUACCCAGCCCAACCAUGCAUUUCUCCCAUGGGCUGUAUCGGAGGGAGCUCCUGGGCAGGCACAGGAGAAGCCCAAAUACAAAUGACAGCGGGCUGAAUGCUGCAGAAAAGCUGGGAGUCAACAUCCACAUCGAUGACAGCUAUUACGUGGAUGUAGGUGAGAAUCAGAAGCGCUGGAAGUGCCGCAUGUGCGAGAAGUCCUACACCUCAAAGUACAACCUGGUGACUCACAUCCUGGGCCACAGUGGCAUCAAGCCUCAUGGUUGCAGUCAGUGUGGGAAGCUCUUCAAACAACUGAGCCACCUGCACACCCACAUGCUCACUCACCAAGGCACCAGGCCGCACAAGUGCCAGGUGUGCCACAAGGCCUUCACCCAGACCAGCCACCUGAAGAGACACAUGAUGCAGCACAGUGACGUCAAGCCCUACAGCUGUGGCAUCUGUGGGAGGGGCUUUGCCUAUCCCAGCGAGCUGAAAGCCCACGAGGUGAAACAUGAGAGGGGCCAGGAAAACAUUUGUGUUGACUGCGGCCUGGAUUUCCCAACUCUGGCCCAGUUAAAGAGGCACCUGACUGUUCACCGCGGCCCAACACAGUACAGCUGCACAGAGUGUGAGAAGACCUUUCAGUACCCCAGCCAGCUCCAAAACCACAUGAUGAAGCACAAGGACAUUAGGCCAUACAUCUGCAGCGAGUGCGGCAUGGAGUUUGUGCAACCACACCAUCUCAAACAGCACACCCUAACCCAUAAGGGGGUGAAAGAACACAAGUGUGGCAUCUGUGGGAGAGAGUUCACUCUCCUAGCCAACAUGAAGCGUCAUAUUCUGAUCCACACCAACAUUAGAGCCUACCAGUGCCACCUCUGCUUCAAGAGCUUCGUGCAGAAACAGACUCUCAAGGCCCAUAUGAUUGUCCAUUCUGAUGUCAAGCCUUAUAAAUGCAAGCUGUGUGGGAAGGAGUUUAACAGAAUGCAUAAUUUAAUGGGCCACAUGCACUUGCACUCUGACAGUAAGCCAUUCAAAUGCCUUUACUGCCCCAGCAAAUUCACUUUGAAAGGAAACCUCACAAGACACAUGAAAGUCAAACAUGGCAUCAUGGACAGGGGACUUGAAUCAAGAGGAUUUAGGAGAAGAGUGAGACUCAGAUUAUCAUCACAAGCAGGGAUCAUGGCCAAUUUUGUUCAAGAGGAGCCCUUUGACCUGUCUCAAAAGACUGGAGUGAGGCUGAGUGUCUCUCAGUCUGAUGGAGAGAGUGCCCAAGGCAGCUUAUGUCAAGAGGAGGAAGAGGAAGACAGCUACUACAGCAUGGGCCAGGGCAGCCCUGAACACUAUAGCCACAGCAACCACUCCUGUCUUCCUCCAGAGCUGUCCUGUAAACACAAAGAUCCAGCCGAGCCCCUCAAACCUGGAGACGCAGAUGGUGAUGAAGACAAAGACAAAGAAGAAGAUAGUCUGAACAAAGAACGAGAAAAAGGAGAACAAAAUGAAAAGCAGAAGUAUUACCUUGAAAAUGAAGAGUAUCCUUGUAUCAGAUUUUAUGAAAGCCACACAAGUGCUUCAUCGGGGGAAUUCUACUCUCAGAGUAUUGGAAGGAACUGAAAAUGCAUCUGUGAAAAGCUGAAAAAUAUCAGUUGGGUGAAAAAUAUCAGAUGGGUGAAAUAAAAUGGAUAAACGGAGAGACUUCUUAAAAAUAGUAUUGUUUUUUGAUAAACUUCAGUUUUAAGGAUUGAAAAUAUUGCAUUGCUAUAGACUAUUUAAAGAAAAUUGCUUACUUUUUUGUAGAUGACGAAAUUGCCUUUGAAAAACUGAUGUGUUCAUAUUUAUUGAACAUGCAGCUGAAGAAAAAUCUUCAUCUCAAAAGUUAUGCAGUAUAUUUUGAAAAGGAAGAGUACAAAAUCUUUUGUGAAUGUUUGUAUAUAAAAUAUACAGGAUUUAACACAUCUUAACAAAAAAAGAAAAAAAAGCUGGAAAAUGCCACCUAUAGUUUGAAUAUGCUACGUCAUUUGUGCUAUUUGACAGCUCACAAUUAAUAUAUUUUUCUUAUGAAAAAGUCUAAUUUGAUUUUAUGGAUUUUUACAAGAGAAUAUUGUAUUUUAAAGUAAAGAAAGAGCUUUUACAAUUACUUAAACUACGCAGAGCAAGCUAAUUAUGUUUUUUGUGCUGCUGAUGUUCUUGAUUAGGAUGCUCUAGAGUGCUGCAAUGGGGCAGGCAGAGUGCAUAAUAUGCUACAUAGAGCCAAGGUCAGUAUUGUAGCAAGACUGAAGUGAGAGGUGGAAUAAAAUUGUGGAUUUAAAAUAAUUAUCUAUUUAUAGACCAAUAAAGAAUACAGCUUUACAUUA